UAAGACGUAGUUUCCCGGUACCGUUGAUUGUCGGCGGUGGUAGCUGCUGCUGCUGCUGUUGUUCCUGCUGCUUGUUUGGUACGAAUCUGGACGUCAUCUGAGGAGCCUUCUCAAGAAGGAACUCCUGCCUUUGUUCCUUUGGUCAUUCGACAACUUCUUCAAUACUUUUAGAAAAUCCAACCCGCAUUCAUGAUUUUAGUCAAGAAGAAAAAAUAAAUAAAACAAACGUAAUAAAAAAUAAUAAAAAAAGGCACACCUCUUCCAAAAAAGCACCCUCAUGAUUGCUCACAUUCCUUUUUAGGAUAACGACGCCGAAAGCUAGUGCUUCACUUCUAUAACAAAACAACUUGUGUUAAACGGUUUAGAUCGUUGCUAGGGCUAUUCUGUGAUCUCACCUCUGAUUACAACUUUUACUCAGCCCCAUCAUCUCUAUCCCACCCCCCGUCUAUUACUGCAUCUCGCAUCUUCGUUGGAUCUGCAGCCUGCUCUCUCUCUCUUCCCGACCGGUCGACCAGUUGAGCCAGUCGAACUAUCCACCACGAACUUAAACAACCAUACGAUCGGCGCAUCUCCCCCCCUUACGUGUCACUUGACUCUCCUGCGACGCGUUUCCAUGAUCGAUACGACUUGAUGAGCCAUUAUUACGAUAUUUACAUUCGCCAUUGGCACCAUGGCCGUAGACGAGGAGGCCAGUCUCUGGCCUACUGAGAACCUGCUUCUUAAAGAAGGUCGCAAGCAUUAUCGCACCAGCGUCUCGCCAAUUCAUUGGCAGCUUCGAUCAUUGGUCAGCGCCGAGCAGCAGGGCAUCAUCUACUUCCCGGCUGGUGUCAACAAUACCCAUAUUCAACGGCUCGAUACUUCUACCCGCGAAUGCGAAACUAUUAAAGUCAUAAGUUUUCAUCCUCGCUGUCUAAUUGCUAGUAAGGGCUGGAUCUGCUGCGGAGGCGAAAAUGGAGAGUUCGUGGUCAUACGAGAAUCGGGCAACAGCGAUACGCAGGCCGACACCCUCAGCAGAGAUGUUCGCUCCAGACUAACUUCGCUCGAAUCUUCUACCAUGACCGAAAGUACCAUAUAUCAGCUCGAACGUGACAUGCUCUCCGUCGUGGAACGAAUAAAUGGCACCAACAAGACGUGGUCAGCUUCCAGCUAUAAGAUCGGCACAGAGCGUGUCAACUGCAUAACCCUCUGGCACCCCCCCAAAGACGCGGGCGCACUAGCCCUUGGACAGUACGAGUGCCCGGUGGCUGUUGUGGCUAACAAUGAUAAGACCAUUACCGUCGUAAGCCUUUACGAGCCAGAUUUGCAUAAAGAUGUGUUGGAAUAUCCAGAUUGUGUCAACCGCGGCGUCAUCUCCCCCGACGGAACCCUCUUAGCUGCUGUCUGCGACGACGCCUACCUUUACAUACAUGCGCGAGAACAAUUCAACAAGAACUACGAAGGGCUGUCUCGGCGAGUUACUCGGCCAUCUUCUAGAUGGGUAUCACUGCCGAACAUACGACUUAAGGGCCAGUGGAAAGAUGACAGUACAGAUUGCCGAGGGAGCUUUGCAGUUUGUUUUUCCUCGUCGGGAAAGUAUUUGGCAGUUGGCACCCAAUACGGUACCAUAUCUAUCUUCAAUGCAGUUAAACUUAGGGACCCCAACUCGGAACCCUUAAUCGCUUACUUUAAUUCUUCCAGGGCACCAGGGGAAUAUGGUGCCGUUAGGGAUAUGGCCUUUUCGCCGGGGCCAUUCGACCUCCUAGCGUGGUCGGAACAUCGUGGUCGAAUUGGCGUAGCAGACGCGCGCACAAACUUCAAACGACGACAGAUUAUCCCUAUAGAUAGCCAUGAAGGAUUUAAUCAUUUUUCACUUAAUGAUAGUAGUACGAUCGAUCCGCGCCUACUCGAUCCACGCAACGAGCAUCCUGCCGAAGGCGAGCGUAAUACCGACAACGACCGAAAUGCUGAAUCAUCUCCGCUAGGGAUGGAUCGUUGGAACAGAUCAAUGGCUGAUCGGCGGCCCUUACCAGAUCCGGAAAUUACAGAUCCCAUGUCACGAGUCAAUCAGCCUUUCAGCUCGGAUGAAGUUUCGAUUCUUGAGGCGUUCCAAGCUCAGCGUCGUCGACGAGAGCUGCGGGAUCGAGGGGAGCAGUUGGAACAGCAUUUUAUGGAACACCGGAACCAACGAGCUGCCGAGAGGAACGCGUUUAGAUCUACGGGCUGGGCAGAUCGUGUAAGUCUCCAGAGCGGCAGGACUAGGCGUGUGAACGUCAGGAAUCCCAUCGUCCAUUACUUAAGCAGUUAUCAUUUUGGUACAAAUCGCACUAAUACGGGUGUUGAACAGCGCGAAGCGCUGACGAGAUUUCUCGAACGCGAACGUAUGCGCGAGGCACGCGACCAGUACCGCUCGAAUGUCAAUCAGACGGGCACCGAACAGGAGCGAGAGAGAGGCAGUUCCAUACCGCGGGACCUAGGUCGGAGUCGCACAUCCAUCAUGCGCACGCUAGCCCAGAACUUCGAUACUAUCUCGCAGACGAUGAGACCGCAGGGUCAGUACAACGACGCCGGUAACGACAGCUCUGCGACGUCGCGCGAUCCGUGGUAUGUAGGAGGAUCUGGCUCCGGAUGGCCGGAUCUUGAGAACCUAGCCAACAUAAGCGGAUGGACAGGUGGACUUACUGAUAAUGCUCGGACCGAAACCAACAGAGACAGAAACCGCCGAGGCAUCCCAGUCAUUGCUGAUGUGUGGGGAAACGACUCGCUCUUCAGCAGGAUCAGAAUAGGUAGUCGCGAGCAUGUACAGAAUCCAGAUGACACGGCAGGUUUGACGUGGAGCGAGGACGGCCGGAUAUUGUAUAUUGCAGCAGAGGACGGGAUAUACGAAUUCCGUGUCGAUUUGCUCGGCAGAAAAACGUUCCCAGAUAUUGAGCUCCGCUGAGUGGCGGUGCAAUAAAUCGUUACAUUCAUCUGAAAGCUACCAAACAGUACCCUUUAUUUUUAAUAUUUUCGGCAAAGGGGAUCUGGACGGCGUUAGGGACGGUAUU